ACUACAGCUCAGAGGAGCGGCGGCGUCGAGACUGCAUAGUGCACAGUGACAGGGCGUUAUCUUUUACAUGAUUAAAACACUAAACGGCCAGGAAUACACAUACAGAUCGAUAGAAAUAUAUAUUAAGAACCCAGUCCGUCAUGGAGUCCUAUGACAUUUUAGCUAACCAGCCGGUUGUGAUUGAUAAUGGCUCUGGGGUUAUCAAGGCUGGUUUUGCAGGUGACCAGAUCCCCAAAUAUUGCUUCCCUAACUAUGUGGGACGUCCUAAGCACGUCCGCGUGAUGGCAGGAGCCCUGGAGGGAGACCUCUUCAUUGGACCCAAGGCAGAGGAACACAGGGGCUUGUUGUCAGUGCGAUAUCCUAUGGAGCAUGGCAUAGUGAAUGAUUGGAAUGACAUGGAGAGGAUCUGGCAGUAUGUGUAUUCAAAGGAACAACUGCAGACAUUCUCUGAGGAGCAUCCUGUCCUGCUGACUGAGGCUCCUCUCAACCCCAGCAAGAACAGGGAGAAGGCUGCAGAGGUGUUCUUUGAGACCUUCAACGUCCCUGCGCUGUUCAUCUCCAUGCAGGCCGUGCUCAGCUUGUAUGCCACAGGCCGCACCACUGGUGUUGUGUUGGAUUCUGGGGAUGGUGUGACCCACGUUGUGCCCAUCUAUGAAGGCUUUGCUAUCCCUCACUCCAUCAUGCGUGUGGAUAUUGCUGGAAGAGAUGUAUCCCGGUACCUGCGUCUGCUGUUGCGCAAAGAAGGCUACAACUUUAAUACCUCUGCAGAGUUCGAGGUUGUUCGCACUGUUAAAGAGAGAGCCUGUUAUCUGUCUCUCAACCCCCAGAAGGAUGAGACUUUAGAAACAGAGAAGGCACAAUAUGUACUGCCUGAUGGAAGCACUUUAAAUAUCGGUCCAGCGAGGUUCCGUGCUCCAGAAUUGCUGUUCAGGCCUGACCUGAUAGGAGAUGAGAGCUCAGGCAUCCACGAAGUGUUGGCCUAUGCUAUCCAGAAGUCUGACAUGGACCUCAGACGCACACUAUUUUCCACCAUUGUUUUGUGUGGAGGAUCAACACUGAUCAAAGGCUUUGGGGAAAGAUUACUAACUGAAGUCAAGAAGCUUGCACCCAAAGACGUGAAGAUCAAGAUAUCCGCUCCCCAAGAGAGGCUUUAUUCCACGUGGAUUGGUGGCUCCAUCCUGGCAUCAUUGGACACCUUUAAAAAGAUGUGGGUGUCAAAGCGGGAAUAUGAAGAAGACAGAGCACGUGCCAUCCACAGGAAGACCUUCUAGAAGGGGCAGACAUGCAGGGAUCGCCCCCAGAACUGCCCUCAAAUCUCCCUUAUCAUACUGUCGGAGACUCCAUAUACUGCACCAGUCAUCUCCGGGUACCUCUGCAUUAUCCCCUAUCAACCCUUCAGCUUCUGAUCCACUGUCAGCCUAUGCUUUACCCCCCUCCCCCCUAUCCCUCCUUUUUCAUUCAGCUGUGUUGCGUCCUUCUCCCCUUAUUUCCCCUGCUGGAAGCUGACGGUUACAGCACCCUCCUAAACAUUCACAUAAAGAGGGCCGUCAGGGUUUGUCAGAGGGCGAUGAUUAGCACUGUGGACUUUUACCCCAGGCCAUGCGUUAUUAUGAUUUAGUCCACAUUGAAGUAUUCAUAUUGCUCUCUUGCCUACAAAACCCUGCAAGGUGUAAAAAUGUCAUGAAAUGUCAAUAAACGUGAAUGUUCUUUUUUUUUCUCUCUUUUGCUACUGUUGAAAUUUCCAUUCCAAACCGAAGACGUAGGUUUUUAUUUGAUGUCCGUUUUAUAGGCUUUUUUUUUUUUUCUUCAUUUUUUAAGUUGUACUCGGACAUGGAGUAGCUUCUUUGAAACUAAGAUUUUAAGUACUAUAGCAGUGUAUAGUGCUAGUGAGCAAAAAGAUAACCACUGUAUUAUAUCAGGCCUGAAUUGCACACGUAUCAUCUUUAGUGCAAGUGAAUGCGGUUAAUGAGAUCGUUAAACUGACUAAAGUCACCUCUUAUUGUUUGUCCUUACCAAUGAAAUGUCUUUCCUUAAAAAAUGACAUCCUACGUUGAGUGAGGUCUGUCAGCUUUUUGUCUCUGCUGACUUUAUUAAAAGCAGGAGAUGCCUUGAUUUUCAUUUUUGAAAAUCCAUCAUUGGAUUGGAUCAUCCACGUUUACAGCAGUCGAAAUGCACACUUUAUUGUUUUUGUGCAACAUUCAACUGAUAAAUGAUUAAAACAAAAAGCUGUCUAACUUGCCCCCUCUUUGCGUUGCAUGUCAGUUAUAUGUGUACAGUUGAAGAUGUCCACAAUCAGCCACAAAGACAUGAGGCCAGGCUCUGGAGUCUGGAUGAAAAACACUGAGAGGCCACAAGAAUCCAAAAUGGCUGAUAAUGUUUUUGUAUCAUUCUCCCCCUUGUCCCCUCUAUAUACUAGUAAUACUCUGGGUCUUAUGAUUUCCACGCAUCUCAGUGGCAGUGAAGGGGUCAUGUCGCACCUGUGUCCGCCUUACUCUUGGUGCGCCUGCACCAGAGCGUCCACAUCUGCUUUUGGGUGUUUUUAAAAAAAUUAAGGUUGUAAAACGUCAUCAGCCUUGUGUACAGUGGAAUGCUUUUCAGAAACAACCACCACACAAAACCAUAGGAUAACAAACUAAAAAUGUACAAUACUGUUUAUUCAAGUGUUUGCUUUUACUUUUCGUAAAUUCAAUAUAAUAAAUAAGUUAAUGGCUGCUG